AUGGGGAUAAUGACGAGAGAAAUUUAUUUUGGAAUGGCGGAAAUUCUUGUUGGAUAUUCGCUCAUUUUUCCAGCGAUUGUCAGAAUCAUUCCUCCUCUUCGCCGAAAAUUCGAACUUCUUUCCGACCGCGAUCAGAAUCUUUUCCUCAGAAAAUGCGUCAGCAUCGUUCAUUGCUGGUUUGUUUGUUCGCUGAUUCUGUAUCUUCAAUUCAACCCGCAUUUGUGCGAGCAAGGAUGGAGCAAAUUUAGCCAAAUCUGGAUCGGGUUUCUUUGGACGGAUUUGUUCAUCGGGUUAUUGACCAAAACGGCGGGAUUUGACGACAUCUGCCACCACAUCCUCUACGGCUUCGUCCACCUGACAAUCUACAGGAUCGAUGCAGGCUGCCUCGCCUUCAAUGUUCUUCAAUACCGCUACUACGCCGAUUUCUUCAAUCAGAAUAUGCAGCUUCGUCUCAUGCUCGCAAUGUUUGGCUUGAAAAAGUCGAAGCUGUACUACUUGAAUAACCGAAUUGCUUGCUGGGGCUUCUUUCUCGUCCGAAUCGCGGUCAUCCCUUUUGCGUGGUAUAAGUUUUAUCUUCAAAGCAACGAAAUGUACAUGUUCACGGAAAACGUCUACAUCUUUACUGCCACCAUCAUCAUGCUGAUCUUGUCAGACUGGCAAAAUCUCAACUGGUUCUCGCGAAUGUACGCCAGCUGUUACAAAUCCAAAGCAAUAAACAAAAAGGAAAACUAA